UUACCGUCAAGAUCAAGCCAAGAAUUUUCAUUAUUUCGACACACAUGCAUUCAUUGAACUUUUGAAAGCCAGAGAAAGGGCCGAGAAGGAAGUUGCCGAACAAAAGGCAGUACAAACGUCAUUUUACGCACCACAGAUCUAUCAAUUUCAGACUGUCGGCGUGUUCGGGACCAUGUUCGGUACGCAGCGCGGUAAGCACGCAAUACUGCUUUUCCGCCCUAGAUCGCCCGAAGAGAUCAGAAUGGCUGAAUGGAGAGAGGCGUUCUGGCCAACCACAAAGUUGGGGCGAACGGCCAUGAACAUCGAGACAAAACGACUCAAUGCCAAAGAAGAUCUCGAGAAGACCACCAGAUGGAGGAUGAAGACGUGGCCUAGACGAAUUGGCAGGAGGAUGGGCCGACAUAUCCAGCACCUUCUGAAACACCACUCUUUUGCAGAGAAAGAGGUGCCCGCGCCUUAUUCGCCGUUUUGGGAGCUCACAGAAAGGCCGAACCCCUGGGAGACAAAGGUUCCAGAGGUCAUCCAGGUCCUUGAGGAGCAGGUCGCAAAGGAGAAGGCUCUUGCAAAGAUUCCGCACAGGGAACCUCCUGCGUCCAAGCUGACGGAGAAUCCUUUGACAGAAAGGACUACAAAAAAGAAGUGUCUAGCGACGGAUGCAGAACAGAACCCUUCUGAGCAACAGCUUUCCGAGCAGAGCGCUCCCGAGACCAAGCCCGCGGGCAAGAGACUCCGGGUCAGAUGGCCUCGGAAGACUGGAUAAGCUCAUGCGCAGGAUUCGUCUCAACGGGCUUGAG